AUGGCGGACGUACCACCUCCUUCAAUGUCCGAACUCAUGCGGAUGGUAGCCGAGCUGCAACAGGCUAACCAACGAAUGGCUGACGAGAAUCAAAUAAUGGCUGCUCAAAUUGCCGAACUAAAUCAUGGUCGGAUUGACCACGACGACGCUCACCAUGCGGAAGACGAAGAGCAUCAGUCCCAACCGACUCAUGUUUCGGAAACCGCUCGAAAUGAAGGACAACAGCCAGAGGAUGAGAAAGAAGAGUCCGAGGACGCUGUAGGCCCCUUCACAGAAGAAGUAAUGAACUUCGAACUGCCGAAGAGGUUCACUCUGCCGCUGACCCUCACGCCUUAUGAUGGACUCGGAGACCCGAGGAAGUUCAUAAAGAAAUUCCGAUCAAUAAUGAUCGUCAACGGUGCAUCAGAUACAGUUUUAUGUCGAUGUUUUCCGAAUUAUUUAGACGGUCCUGCACUUGAUUGGUUGUGUGCUUUGCCUGCAGGUUCCAUUUCACGCUUCCACCAAUUGGCGAAGUUAUUUGAAGAACAUUUUGCCGGAUCUGCGAUAUACCUGCACGACUCCGAUUACCUGAACACUAUCAAGCAAGGGCCAAAUGAAAGCUUAAAAGACUAUAUGACCCGCUUCACUAAGGUCGCCAUUAGCAUACCAGAUCUCCACCCCGAGCACGCGAUCAAAAGCGGCCUCCGUCCCGGGAAGUUCCAGGAGACAAUCGCCGUAGCAAAACCAAAGACUCUAGCAGAAUUUAGAGAGAAAGCAAAAGGACAAAUUGACAUCGAGGAGCUCAGACAAGCUCGGAAGUCUGACAAGUCACACUUCCGCGAAGAAGAUAAGAGCACAUCCAUUAAGAAAAGUUUUAAACUAACACCUCGAUUUGAUUCUUAUACGCAGUUUAAUACCAAGAGGGAAGACAUAAUCAAGGAAAUCUUGAACUCCAAAUUAAUCAAGCCACCAAGGAAAGCAGGCACAUAUCAAGAUACAAAGAACGUUGACAAAUCAAAAUACUGCACUUUCCACCAAAAGCACGGCCACAAUACCGACGAUUGUGUGGUCGCCAAAGAUCUUUUGGAACGACUAGCAAGACAGGGACACCUCGACAAAUGCAUUGGUGGUCACAUCCAGAAGCGCGGCCAUAGUUCCACAACAAAUGAUGUCUCCGAACAACACCGAGGAAAAGAGAAGGCAUCCUCAAGCCAAUAUGAAAGACCGCGAGGUAUAAUCAAUUGUAUUUCAGGAGGAUACGCAAGUGGAGGAUACUCAAACUCGGCAAGGAAAAGAUCGUUCAGAGCAAUAUGCUCGGUAGACAGACCGCAACAGGAUGUAACAAAUGCACAGCCUGAAAUCACUUUUACACAUGCCGACUUCAACUCCAACAUACAAAAUUUGGACGACCCCGUGGUAAUCACCCUACAGUUAGGAGAUCUGCUGGUAAAAAAAGUUCUCCUGGAUCCUGGAAGCAGUGCCGAUGUCCUGUUCUACUCCACAUUUCAAAAGAUGAAGCUCAGCGACAACAUGCUACAAUCCACAGGAGGCGAUUUGGUCGGCUUCUCAGGAGAACGGGUUCCAAUACUCGGGUCAGUGUGGUUACAAACCACACUGGGUGAGCAACCUCUUUCCAAAACUAAUGAUAUUCAAUAUUUAGUAGUUGAUUGUUUCAGCCCAUAUAACAUUAUCCUCGGCCGACCUUUUUUGAAUAAGUUCGGCGCUAUUGUAUCUACAGUUCAUCUCUGUGUGAAGUUUCCAUUGCAGGACCACCAGGUUAUCACAAUCCACGGCGACCAUAAAGAAGCGCGACAUUGUUACAAUGUCAGCAUGAAGUUCCAAAAUCGCUCGACGCAACAAGUCAACAACGUCGACCUAAACCAAAAGGAGAACACACUAGCCGAACUGGACCCAAGAGCUGAUUUCCUCGACCGCCCAAAGCCCUCCGAUGACUUACAGAAAGUGUAUUUCAACAAUGACCCCAAUAAAUUCACAUAUGUCGGUAACUCACUCAAUGCAUCUGACUUGCAGGCUAUAACUACCUUCUUGCAAGAAAACAAAGACCUCUUUGCAUGGACACCAUCAGACAUGCCCGGAAUAGAUCCACAAAUCAUCAGCCACAGGCUGGCAACAAAUUCGUCGAUCCGACCAGUACAGCAAAAGAAACGUCAACUCGGCGAAGAAAAGAAGAAAGCAUCACUGGAAGAAACACAAAAACUCAUAAACGCCGAAUUUAUCAAAGAGAUCAGAUUCACCACCUGGUUAGCAAACGUCGUAAUGGUAAGAAAACAGAACCGUAAGUGGCGCAUGUGCGUCGACUUCACUGAUUUAAACAAAGCAUGCCCAAAAGAUUCUUACCCUCUGCCCUCCAUAGAUUCUUUAGUGGACAAUGCGUCAGGCUACGCCACUUUAAGUUUUAUGGAUGCAUAUUCCGGGUAUAAUCAGAUAAUGAUGCACUCUUCUGACCAAAAUAAAACAGCUUUUAUCACUUAUUUGGGUAAUUAUUGUUAUAAAGUUAUGCCGUUUGGCUUAAAGAACGCAGGUGCAACUUAUCAACGCCUUAUGGAUAGGAUGUUCGCCAAACAAAUCGGCAGGAACAUCGAAGUCUAUGUCGAUGAUAUGGUCACCAAAACAAAAGUCGGAGAAAACCACAUCAACGACCUCACAGAAAUAUUCGGACAGAUCCGACAAUACAACAUGCGCCUCAACCCCGAGAAAUGUGCAUUCGCAGUUCAAGGGGGUAAGUUUUUGGGUUUUUUGCUAACCCGCAGGGGAAUAGAGGCAAAUCCAAAUAAAUGCCGAGCAGUGCUGGACAUGGCCAGCCCUAAAACAGUAAAAGAAGUUCAGCGCCUUACAGGACGACUCGCUGCACUUUCCAGAUUUGUUCCUUGCCUUGCCUCAACUUCCAUUCCUUUUUUCCAAACAAUUAAAAAGAAAAAUAAAUUCGAAUGGAACGACGAUUGUGAGAAAGCAUUUUCAAAACUAAAAUCCACACUCUCACAACCGCCGAUUCUACAAAAACCCCUACAGGGGGAAGAUUUAUUUUUAUAUCUAUCAGUUACUGAUUGGGCCAUAAGCUCGGCCCUGGUUACAGAGCGAAACAAUGUUCAGCAUCCGGUAUACUUUGUCAGUAAAACCCUCCAACAUGCCGAACUCAACUACCCAAGGAUUGAGAAGCUCGCACUCGCACUGAUAUUCUCGGCGCGGCGCCUCCGACCUUACUUCCAGAGUCACGUUAUUCACGUCAGAACCAAUCAUCCAUUAAGACAAGUAUUACACAAGCCAGAACUUGCAGGACGGCUCAUAAAAUGGGCAGUCGAAUUAUCCAAAUUCGACAUCAGAUAUCAAUCGCGAGGACCAAUCAAGUCAGAAUUCCUGGCAGAUUUUAUCGCCGAGCUUACAAACCCAUCCGAGGAUGACCAUGCAAAACAGUGGAUCCUGUAUGUCGACGGAUCUUCACAUAACGGCGGCUGUGGCGCAGGAAUUCGUCUGGAAGCCGACGACGGCCUCAUAUUGGAACACUCAAUACACUUCGGUUUCAAAGCAAGCAACAACCAAUCCGAGUAUGAGGCACUACUCGCCGGAAUCCGACUUUGUUUAGAACUUCAAAUCUCGAAAAUCAAGGUAUACUGUGAUUCAUUGUUAGUCGUACAGCAGAUAACAGAUUGGAGGAACGACUUUAUACAAUAUUUACAAACAGGUAAUAUACCAGAAAGGAUCGAGAACGAUAAAAGGUUCCGACGCCAAGCAUCUUUCUUCACAUUACUCAACGGAACACUAUAUCGACGAGGUUAUACUCGGCCUCUACUCAAAUGUCUCAGCAAGUCGGAAGCCGACAUAGCUCUAGCAGAAGCACAUGAAGGAAUCUGUGGCACCCAUACGGGAGCUCGGAGUUUAACAUCCAAGAUCCUCAGAGCUGGAUUCUUUUGGCCGACUAUAAAACAGGACAGCCAACAAAAAAUAAGGUCAUGCAACACUUGUCAACGGCAUGCGCCACUGAUACACACACCGGCCGAAGAAUUACAUCAGUCCGAUAUCAGCUGGCCAUUUAACCGAUGGGGUAUAGAUAUACUCGGGCCAUUCCCUACGGCACCGGGCCAGGUAAAAUUUCUUAUUGUAGGCAUUGAUUAUUUCUCCAAAUGGGUAGAAGCCCAACCUUUAGCAAAAAUAACAUCACAACAAAUGAUUUCAUUCGUUUGGAAAAAUAUUAUUUGUCGUUUCGGCAUACCCCAACAUAUCACAACUGACAACGGACGCCAGUUCGCCAAUCAGAAGUUUCAAUCUUUUUUGCAGAAUCUCAAAAUAAAGCAGCAUUUCGCAUCUGUUGAACAUCCUCAAACAAACGGACUAGCUGAGGCUGCAAACAAGGUCAUCCUUCAUGCACUAAAGAAGAAGCUAGAUGACGCGAAAGGACUUUGGGCCGAACUAAUACCUGAAGUCCUUUGGGGAUACAACACCACGCCUCAAACAUCAACAAAGGAAACCCCAUUCAGACUGGUAUAUGGAUCAGAGGCGAUGAUUCCCCUGGAAAUCUCCCAACGCUCCAUUAGAACUCACAUCAGUAACCAAGACGAAGCUCGGAGAGCCGAGCUUGACAUCAUUGAAGAAGUAAGAGACAUCACUAUCUUAAGGCAACGCACAGCACAGCAAGCAAUUGCCAGGCAGUACAACAAAUCGGUUAAAACAAGAACAUUCGUGAAAGGAGAUUUAGUCCUCCGCAAAACCGAAGCUGCUCGGAAACCACCCUCACAUGGAAAGCUCGCCGCCAACUGGGACGGUCCAUACCGAGUAUCAGAAGUUCUCGGAAACGGGGCAUACACACUCGAAUUAAUCGACGGACAAGUAUUACCCAAUACUUGGAAUGUUUCAUCCCUAAAGAAGUUCUACAGUUAA